AAUGCGGCAGGAGCCACAGCCAUCUUGACCAUUGGGAACGUCAUCCUCGUCGAGCUUCGCGUCCCGCAGCAAAUCGAACCCCCCAUGCGUCGACUCUUUCUUCCCAUCCCACUAUAAAGACCGCACCACCCCGCCCUCGCCACAAUGAAGCGCGCCCUCCUCACCGUCCUCUCUCCCCACGCCGCUCGCCCCGCCCUCCGCUCCCAAAUCCAACCCACCAACCACCUACGAAUCAUGUCCACGCCUACCGCCCGCCGGCACGCCCACACGCUCAAAGACCCCUCGCUGUUCAAGCAACAAUGCUACAUCAACGGCGCCUGGGUCGACGCCAAGUCCGGCAAAACGUUCGAAGUCGAGGACCCCGCGACGGGCACCGUCAUCGGCACGAUGCCGGAGAUGAGCAAAGAGGAUACGCAGACGGCGAUUGAUGCUGCGGCCGCGGCGUUGCCGGCGUUCCGCCAGCUUCCCGGCAGACAGCGGGCGCGCAUGUUGCACAAGUGGUUUCAGCUGAUGAUGGAGAACCAGGAGGAUCUGGCGACGCUGAUUAUGUGGGAGAAUGGCAAGGCCAAGGGCGAUGCGAUGGGCGAGGUGGUAUAUGCGGCCAACUUCUUCGAGUGGUUUAGUGAGGAGGCGCCGCGGGCGGGCGGGGAUACGAUUCCUGCUUCGACGGCGGGGAAUCGCGUGUUUACCAUUAAGCAGCCGGUGGGCGUGUGUGGGCUUAUCACACCUUGGAACUUCCCAGCCGCUAUGAUCACCCGCAAAAUCGGCCCUGCUCUUGCCGCAGGCUGCACCGUCGUGGCCAAAUCCCCGGGCGAAACGCCCUUCACCGCAGCCGCUCUGGCAGAGCUCGCACACCGCGCAGGCAUCCCCCCGGGCGUGGUGAACAUCGUGUCAUCGCUCAAGAACACCGCCGAAGUAGGCAGCGCACUCACAUCCUCCGACAUCGUCAAGAAAGUCUCCUUCACCGGCUCCACGGGAGUCGGCAAACUCCUCAUGAAGCAGUCCUCGGACUCGCUGAAGAAACUCUCCUUCGAACUCGGCGGUAACGCGCCCUUCAUCGUCUUCAACGACGCCGACCUCGACGCCGCCGUGGCGGGCGCCAUCGCCUCCAAGUUCCGCGCCUCCGGGCAGACGUGCGUGUGCGCGAACCGCCUCUACGUGCAGUCAGGCAUCUACGACGACUUCGCCAAGGCCUUCACGGAGAAGGUGAAGCAGUUCAAAGUCGGGCCGGGCGAUCAAGAGGGCGUGACACACGGUCCUCUGAUCCACGAUCGUGCCGUCAGCAAGGUCAAGGCGCACGUGGCGGAUGCGGUCAAGCAGGGAGGCAAGGUGCUGACAGGCGGCGAGGCCAUGCCGGAUCUGGGGGCCAACUUCUUCCAGCCUACCGUGAUCCGCGAUAUGAAGCCCGAUAUGCAGCUGGCGAGCGAGGAGACUUUUGGGCCAGUGGCGGGGCUGUUUUCGUUUGAGAGCGAGGCGGAGGUGGUCAAGCAUGCGAACAAUGCCGAGGUAGGUCUUGCCGGCUACUUCUUCAGCAAAGACAUCCAGCGAUGCUAUCGCGUGGCGGAGGCGUUGGAGGUGGGCAUGGUGGGUGUCAACACUGGCCUCAUCUCGGAUGUUGCGGCGCCAUUUGGUGGCGUGAAAUGGUCGGGCUUCGGCCGGGAAGGAAGCAAGUAUGGCAUCGCGGAGUAUCAAAUCAUCAAGAUGGUCACGCUGGGCGGCAUGGGCGGCGACCUACAGGGCUCAUGAUGGGAUGCUGGUUAGUAGCGAUAAUGUAGACGAACAAGUUGCC